AUGCUGGGAUUGGACGUGUGUGAGUUUGGGGGUCAGGUGUUGGAGCUGCUGUGGUUGACUAUGUGCUACAGAGGUCUAUUGGCUGACAAGAAGGAUGUGCGUAUUGAGGAUGAGGAGGACGACAGAAACCUGAACUACAUUGCUCCGGUCCAGAAGACUUUGGAGGAGAUUCGGCAACUGGACAAAGAAGACGAGAGUCUGGUCAAGUACAAGCAAACCCUGCUGGGGACGGAAACAAAGCCUGCAGACCCCGCUGUGACUAACGUCCAGGUGACCAGACUGACCCUGCUGUGUGACGAGGCUCCUGAACCAAUCACCAUGGACCUGACAGGAGACCUGAGCACUCUGAAGGAGACCCUCUCCCUAAAGGAAGGAGUGACGUUCAGACUGAUGAUUCACUUCAAGGUGAACAGAGAAAUCGUUGCUGGCCUGCGGUACCAUCAUGUGACCUCCAGAAAAGGAAUUACAGUGGAAAAGGUGUCGCACAUGGUGGGAAGUUACUGCCCAAAGGAGGAGGAGCACGAGUUUCUCUGCCCGGUCGACGAGGUCCCCAGAGGCGUGAUGUCACGAGGCCACUAUAAGGUCAAGUCCCACUUCACCGACGACGACAAGAACACCUACUUGGACUGGGAGUGGAACCUCGACCUCAAAAAGGACUGGAACGAAUAG